CACCGGAGCUCAGACGAGCGAAUGACUUGCUGCCUAGACAACCGAUAAAGGCUCUAGACUCGAGCGCGCGGUUAAAUAGGAGAACGAAACAAUGGCUGGUGCGGACCCCACAGCCGAUGGCAAACGACUGGUCGGUAAACCAGUCACCGUGAUUACAGUUAAUAAGCAAGGCAAGCUCACUCUGCAUAUUGAGGCGCUUCGAAGUGUUUUGCUCCAGAAGGACGUUCGGAGCCUCCCCGUGGUCGUGCUUUCGGUGGCCGGAGCCUUUACGACUGGCAAGUCCUCCUUGCUCAACGUGUUACUCAGGUUUCCUUUCCUCCAAUUCGAGGACUGGCUGGGCGAUCCGGAUAAGCCACUGGAAGGCUUUCCCUGGAUGUCCGGUAGUGACCCACACACCGAGGGCAUCGUGUUUUGGAGUCACCUGUUCAGGGCCACCACCGCAGAUAAGAAAAAGGUGGCAGUCCUUUUGGUAGACACCCAGGGUUCCUUUGGUACAAGUUCGUCGACCGCCGUGAGCGUACACAUCUUCGUACUCAGCGUGCUCAUAUCGUCGAUCCAAGUAUUCAACGUAAUGAGGAAUCUACAAUUGGAUCAUCUCCAGCAUCUACAGAUGUAUUACCAAUACGGAAAAUACAUACAAGGGCUGGAGGGCGGAACAUCAGGCUUCCAGCUGUGUGUCUUCCUGGUGCGUGAUUGGCCGUGGCCAAAAGAGUACGAGUUCGGCUGGGAAGGAGGCGAGCGACUUCUCCAGAAAAUACUCGGGGUGGAGUCGAAAAACAAAGCAACCGAUGAGCUGCGCGACCUGCGCACCUACUUGAAAUCGUGCCUCUCUUCUCGAAACUGCUUCCUGAUGCCUUCGCCGGGGCUUACCGACGACGGCUGCAGCCUUAAUGGGGCAGUUAAUGGUAUUACACCAUCCUUCAAGGAGCACCUCAGAGAUUUCGUGCGGGGAGUACUUUCUCCCAGUAAACUCGUCGUCAAGACUGUGUAUGGAAAGUUCCUCACUGCCUCGGCACUGUGCAAGUUUGUUGAGGUAUGUCUAUUUUCGUUAUAUACCUGCUUUUUGCGAAAAAGCGAUUGCUAA